AUGAUCUCCGCUACCAAAAUGUCGGCCACCGCGCGGGCGGCCACUCUACGGACUUAUGUCCCGAGCCUGAAGACUGCUUACAGCCAGCACUCGUUGGUGCAGACUUAUUCGUAUUCGACCUCGACCGCAGCACGAAACACACUUUCUCUGAAUCAGCAGCGCACUACACUCCCUGUUUCUCACCUCCUCUCGCCCUACGCCGCGCUCCCACUGACGAGAUCCUUCCAUGUUGCCACCCCUCUCAGACAGCAGCAGCAGCAACAGCAACAGCAACAGCAAGAGAAGGAGAAGCAGUCAGAGGAAUCAAAGGAAGAAAAGAGUGAAGAACAAAAGGACGACGAGAAGAAAGAUGCCCCUCCCCCCCCUCCCCAUGGCGACAAGACUCCCUGGCAAGUUUUCAGGGAGACCCUCCAAACCGAAUUCAAAGCCUCGAAAGAAUGGAAUGAGUCGACGAAGGCCCUCGCGUCCUCCGCACACCAAUUCACCGAGAACGAGAACGUCAAGCGGGCUCGUGCCGCUUACGAAGCUGCCUCCGGGGCCGCGACGUCCAAGACUUCUACCGCUUUGAAGCACACCGGCAAGGCUAUUGGCAAGAGCGCUCAGUGGACCUGGAACACGCCUGUAGUCAAGGGUCUGCGAAAGGGUGUCACCGCUACUGGUUCCGGUAUCGAGAAGGUAACGAGACCUGUUCGCGAGACUGAGGCAUACAAGACCGCUGUUGGAGGCGUGAAGAACGCCAUCGAUGACGGUAGCAGCUCUCGUUACGGCGGUUGGAUUGAGAAGGAGGAGCGUCGGAAGCAGAGAAAGCUGCGCGAAGAGAUGGAGGCGAAGGCUGGUCGACGCCUCGAGCCGAUGGUGGAGGAUCCCAACGCCGGUACCAAUGUCACACUUCACAAGGACGCUGCUUGGAAGGAGUCAUGGCGUGAUUUCAAGGACUCAAACCCCAUGAUGCAGAAGCUCUUUAGCUUGAAAAACACCUACGACGAGUCGGAAAACCCCCUCAUCACUACCGCACGCAGCAUUUCGGAUCGUGUCGCCGGUUUCUUCGCCGAGAAUGAGACGGCCCAGGUCAUCAAGAAGUUCCGCGAGAUGGACCCCAACUUUCAGAUGGAGUCAUUCCUGAGGGAGAUGCGCGAAUAUAUUUUGCCUGAGGUGCUUGACGCCUACGUCAAGGGCGAUGUCGAAACCCUCAAACUCUGGCUUUCGGAAGCCCAAUUCAAUGUUUACGCUGCACUAGCCCAGCAGUACACCACUCUCGGACUCAAGUCCGACGGUCGUAUCUUGGACAUUCGUGGAGUUGACGUCUCUCACGCCCGCAUGUUGGACCCGGGUGACAUUCCCGUGUUCGUUGUGACCUGCCGUACGCAGGAAGUCCACGUCUACAAGAACGUGAAGUCUGGCGAACUCGCCGCCGGUAUGGAAGACAAGGUUCAAUUGGUCACUUACGCCAUCGGUCUCACCCGGAUACCCGAGGAUGUCAACAACCCGGAGACUCGUGGCUGGAGAUUGAUCGAGCUGCAGAAGGCUGCUCGUGACUACAUUUAA